ACAUGGAGAGGGUCUGAAUGAAGGAUCUGAGGUCAUUUCUACCUCUCAGUUACUAUCAGCACAUUGUACCAGAUCCCCUCCCCGUUCAUACCUCUGCUCUUUCACAAUGUGUUCAAUCUACACAGCCCCCAGCCAAUCAGGAUAGGACCAAAUCCCCUUUACCCAUAAACCAUUACUUCCGGCGCCCCCUCUCUCUCCGUACAGUGUAGUACAAUGUGUUUCCCACUGUGAUUUCAAGCCUCAGGACAGAAAUGAGGCUUCAUUAAAAGAGUUUCUAUAGCUGCAGACAAAAGGAUCUCCCCUUCAAACUCUACAUUACCUGCAUUUCCCCCACUAAAGAUUUUAAACCUGUUCUCAUCACCUGUGGGAGAAGUGUUGGUUCAAAGGAAUUACCAAAGUGUCUGUUCGACACCAUGUCUGUGGUCAAGAUCCUGUGCUGUCUGCUGUUAACGUAUCACCUCAAUGAGGGGAAGAAAAUCAAAGGAAACAGAGCAGCAGACACAGAGCAGAGGGGAGUCCUGAAGGUGAAAGAGCAGUAUGUCAGCAGUUCAGCCUUCAGGCUGUUUAGAGAAGGUGAGGACAACUGCACACUGGACCCUCUGCAGCUGCACACUCUCACCUCCUGUGGCUUCAACAGCAGUAAUCCCCUCAUCAUAAUCACUCACGGGUGGUCGAUGGAUGGUAUGAUGGAGAGCUGGGUGCUCAGGUUAGCCACAACCCUGAAGACAAAUCUAAUAGACGUCAACGUGGUGAUUACCGACUGGCUGUCCCUGGCUCACCAGCACUACCCCACAGCUGCACAGAACACCCGCACUGUUGGAAAAGACAUAGCUCACCUGCUGCAGUCACUUCAGGUACACUACCAGUACCCAGUUAGAAAGGCUCAUUUGAUUGGCUAUAGCCUUGGAGCUCACAGCGCUGGAUUUGCUGGAAGCUACCUGGAAGGUUCGGAGAAGAUUGGAAGAAUUACUGGUCUCGAUCCAGCGGGGCCACUGUUUGAAGGCAUGUCUCCCACAGACAGACUGUCUCCUGAUGAUGCUGAAUUUGUGGAUGCCAUUCACACCUUCACCCAUGAACGUAUGGGCCUCAGUGUGGGCAUCAAGCAAGCUGUGGCACAUUAUGACUUUUACCCCAACGGAGGAGACUUCCAACCAGGAUGUGACCUGCAUAACAUUUACGAGCACAUAGCCCAGUACGGGCUCCUCGGUUUUGAGCAGACAGUGAAAUGUGCUCAUGAGCGGUCCGUCCAUCUAUUAAUUGACUCUGUGCUGAAUAAAGACAAGCAGAGCAUAGCCUACAGGUGCAGUGACAAAAGCGCUUUUGACAGAGGUGUCUGUCUGGACUGUCGGAAGAAUCGCUGCAACACACUGGGCUACAAUAUCAAGAAGGUUCGCAGUGGCACCAGCAAGAGGCUCUACCUGAAAACACGCUCUCGGAUGCCUUACAAACUCUAUCAUUACCAGUUCAGGAUCCAGUUUGUCAACCAGAUGGAGAGGAUCAAGCCCACUCUCACCAUCUCCCUCUCUGGAACAAAGGAGGAGAGUGGAGACCUCCCCAUCACUGUCACUGAAACGAUUUCGGGUAAUAAGACCUUCACCUUCCUGAUCACCCUGGACAGAGACUUAGGGGAUCUGAUGUUGCUCAAAUUGCACUGGGAGGGAUCGGCUCUGUGGAAGAACAUGUGGAACCGGGUGCAGACCAUCAUUCCCUGGGGCAGCCGAAUGAGAAAACCACUGCUGACUGUGGGCAAGAUCAGCGUCAAAGCAGGCGAGACGCAGGAGAGGACAUCUUUUUGUGUCAUGACAAAUGACGGACAACAUGUUGAAGUGUGGCAGGAUAAAGUGUUUGUGCGCUGUAAAAAAGACACACCAAAACAGCACAGAAGGAAGCACAACCAAUAGACUUGGGUGGGUCCCUUAAUAUGUUCAACAGACUGAAGAUCUCUGAUGGGUGACCGGCAAUUUCACAACUGGAUGAAAUUUUGUGAACUCCUCAAAGUGAGGCGGUGCAGAUUUAGGGAGUAAAUUAGAAAGUAUUAAUUGUAUGAAAGAUGUGGCACUGAACAAAUAGUGUUAAAGUUUAAUAGGAGAAUUGAACCCUGGGAAGCUGAGGCUAGUUUACUAUUGUAAACUGUGUUUACAAUUUACAGGAACAUGUUUAAGUUUGAUUAUGUGAUCAAAUGAUUAAUAAACUAAGUAUUGCAUGUGAUCUUUAUACCAGACACUUUGUUUUCUCACCAGAACCUCACAAUGUAGUUUUAAGAACCAGCCCAGAUCUACAUUUCUGUCUGCAGACAAAUGUCAUUCAGGGGUACAAACGGAUGAUCGUUUGCCAAUUCAAAUAUUAACCAGGCAGUGAACACAAAGUCAGACAUUUAAUGACGUUAAUUCCAAAGGAUGUAAUCUUUUUAUGGCUGUUGACUAUCCGAUGUAAAAUGAUCAAUCUCAUCAUUUAAAAACCUACUUUACUCCUGCCAAUAACAUCAUAUAAAUAUAUGUUAAUCAAACUCAAACCAGAGCAAUAAAUAUUCCCUCUGGUUUUUUUUCUA